AUGGAACUUGUCGGAGUUGUUCGGUCGCCCCUGGCGUCCUUCCAUGUAUACGGGCAGUCACACCUCGGUCGUGACUAUACCAGAGACGAUGUGGGCCAUUUGUCGGACACCUUCAGAACCUCAGGUUACUUUCCUACACGGGAGGAGAACCUUAUCGAAGCGCUCAUCACACAGAGUGAUUUUUCAUCCAUCCUGGCACAACUGGGCCUAACACAAGCACAGCUCGCUACUACCCUUUGCCUCCCAAACGAAACAACCAACGCGACCGACACAAACUACCCGCUUCUCCUCGACUAUCCCUUAGCCGUUCUCCACGGAAGGCGACGUGUGGCAGCAGGUAUACGAUCCAAACAGACCAACUGGUGGGCUACCAAGCUCUUCUGCGUCAAAGGCACAUGGGUGAAUUUCCCCUCAGCCAUCACGUUCAACGAAGCGGCAGACGCCGAGCUCGUCCAGUACAAGGCCGAGUCGUUCUCACACGAGGCUGCGUACUCCGCCGGCACAAUCUACCGCGGCGUCAUCGAGGCCCGGCGCCACGGUGACGAGGAAAGGGAAGACCUGCUCCGGGACAGGUUGACGAAACCAAGGGACGUCAGCUUGCAAGGUCUGUUGAAAAACAAGCGGCUCAACGCUGCCUUCCAGAAGCUGAUCCCGUUCCCCGGUCUUCUAAAGGGCCUGCAGCUUAGAAACAUCCACAAAGACCUAGCCCUGCACUGCGACGAGCAGAUCGAGCACUAUCUCGGCCACAUCUUGGCGACCUGGGUCGGCAUAACAGGCGGAAAUGCGAGCCUUGCGCUGGCGACGGACGCGGACACGGUGAAGCAUCUACAGUUUCGCGCCCCCUCGUCUUACUCCCGCGAUCGAUACGACAUCUCCCGCCUAAUAGUGAACCACACCGUCUGGAAGCGCGUGACCGACGUCGACACCCGGAAGCGUCUGGAACGCCAGCUCUUGUCUCUGACCGUGGUCAUUCCGAGCAUUGAGACUCUGCAUGAAAACAUGAAGUAUCUGCGGCUCGGGAUGAAGGUCGUGCGUGACCAUUUCAAACAGCACACAUCACGGGAGCUGCCGCGUGGGGCUACGUCGGCAUCGGCGACAACAACCGUGCCCACACUCUAUGAGAGCCUAACGCGAGAUUGGAAGGCACCGGCAGCGGCCCCCCAGGUCCCAGAUCUGCAAGGCAUUCAGAACUUGACGCCCUACACGGCGUAUACUGCGCUCGUCUUGGCUACCCUCCGGGACUUUCCCCACUUACAGGCCGAGGCGCCACGGCAAGAAAAGCGAGGACCGAGGCUGCCGACGAACGUGUCUCAGUACCAUAAGCGACGUCUUACGCAACUCGCCGUAGCCUACGGGUUCGACAACUCCCACAUUCAAGACAUCCUCCAGCGCGUGCACCCUUCUCAGGACGCGCCACGCAACGAACACUGCACCGACCGGCUCCGCAACAGCCCAGGGCCGAUUGCCGACUGGCGAGGUGGCCGACCGUUUACAAAAGCCUACCUUGCUCUGCAAACCGAUGGAUUUCUUCAUAUCCUCGCACGUCAGCCGGUCGAUGUUCUCUGUCCGGCCUUUGUCCUCUGUGACUUCAUGAAGGCAUUUUUCGAUCUCUCGCAACUCACCAUCACCAGCACCGUGGACGAGCCAACUUCCAAUAGUACUGACCCUUCGGACACGAUCAUGGACAGCACCAUGGGUGAGCCAACCACUGACGUCCCCGACAUCGCGAACACUACUGUCGACAGCGCCGCGGCCGAGCCAACUUCCAAUGGUGCUGGCCCUUCGUACACGAUCAUCGACAGCACCAUGGAUGAGCCAAAAACCGACGUCCCCGACAUCGCGGAUAGUACUGUCGACAGCGUCGCGGCCGAGUCCCCUUUCGAGGACGUUUCCAUGGGGGAAGCCGUGAACAGCGGAGGAGGCGGUACAAGGGCUUCUAACAACCGGCGCUUUGCUGGCAACUGGGCCAAGCGGUUACCGCCCAACAACGGGCCGCCAGGGUCAACCUCUGGCAAGACUCGGCGCCUCGCGACUCAAUUGGGCGCGGGGCCCGGCAGAGCUACGAGCUCUACACCGACGCCAACAAUGCCGCCACGCCGUGGGGGCCGGGGAGUGACAAAGCAAGCUCAGCGCGCCGACACAAUUCCUCAAAAUGAUGCUGCACUGUCGGGGUUUUUGGCAGAUGUAGUGCAAGCACAGACAGGUAAAUUCCACUUUCCUGUACAAGCUUCGAUGCCCGAGCCCGACACCCGAGGCGCCGGGGGCAAUGGAAACCAGACCAUGCCCCAACGCCUGAAUGUACGACCACCCCAAACAGCCUUGUCCGGAGAUGCAUUACUAUUUUUGAGGGCCGUGACCCGAAAUGCACCACCACCCUCAACUGCUGUAGCCCGAGAUACACCACCACCGCUAACGGCCGUGGCCCAAGAUGCACCACCACCCCCAACGGCGGUGGCCCGAGGUGCACGGCCGCCCUCCAUUGGCGUGCCCCCGAUACGAGAAAUGCGGUCAACAAAAAAGCUGAGAAAAUUGCCGCAGGAUCAGCAGGCGCAGGAAAGUACUAGGUGGUUCGUCAGAAACGAUCAUAGAGAGACCCCAACGUCGCAAGGGCCGGUGUACUCCGCUACUGUGGGGCUCUCUACAGAUGAGUUUGCGAAUAACUUUGCGUAUCAGUUGGCGGGUCAGGAUACGGAUGAGUUUUCUGCAACACGCCUAGGGUAUAGCAUUGAAGACCUAGAAGACGACGCUCCGUCGCGGAAGCGAGGGGCAGAAGUGCUCGACGAGUUGCCAGAGUCUGCCACCCGCUCAAAACCUUCACGUGUGACGGAAGAGAGACAGAAAGAGAGACAGGAAGAGAGACAGAAAGAGAGACAGAAAGAGAGACAGGAAGAGGAAGAGGAAGAGGAAGAGGAACUAUAA